GGGCAGAGAGGGUCGUCACACAUUGCUGAAAAAGCAUCUCUGUCAAACAACUGGAUUUGUUGAAUUUAUUAAUUUUCCCUGAACGCAUCAUAAUGUAACUGAACGGAAUCGCCGUUCGUUAGCCGUUAUCGGUGCUGCUAACGUUAGGUCUUCUCCUGUCAAUUUCAAAAUGGAAUUGGUUGUUUACAAUGUAACAUUACCAGGGAUCAGCGAAAAGAAAGCAUGAAUGCCGAUGUCCUGAUCAUAUAUUUUACUGAAUAUCGGACGAUAACGAUCAUUAGAAAAACGUUAUUUCACACUGUGAUGGUUAACGUUAAACUGUCAUUAAUCAGCGGUUCACAUUUGUGCUGAACCGUGAGGGGGGAUUGAUAAUGGUCCGUUACACCACUACAUCAAACAGCAGCUUAGCGAGUGUGCAACCUUGAAGUUUGCUGCUGCUGUGGCUUGUGCUCACAUUGUUUGUGUUCCAUACUUGUAUCUUGCAGGGCGUGAGGAAUACCCUGGAUGGGGAGGAGUCCCAAGUGGAACUACUCAAGGCUCAGCUCAAGGAGCUCUUCAGGUUCUCAGAGGACUCGCGUCACCUCUCUGAUGAUGUCCUGGCUGUUGUCAAAGAACAUCAAAGUGUGAAAUGCAGAGCGACGAGGCUGUGUUCAGAGUCCCAGUCGGGGCUCAGAAACAUUCUCCAGGACCCGCUGCUGGUCUACGCACAGUGGAGCCACAUGGUCUCUCAGGUUGUGGAGGCCUCCGCUGAGGUCACUGACUUCUCCCACAUCGCCAUGAUGGUCCAGAGCAUAGAGCGUCUGCUGAAGGCCAGUGACCAGCUGCAGGAGCGUCUCAAACUGCUGCAGGUGAAGGGCGACCUGCUGGACUCGGUGUUCGGUCCCGAGGGGUCCGACAGCCUGCAGGGCGAGCUGAGUGCCGCCAUCCGGAACAGAGAGCUGCUGCACGCUCAGCUGCUGCAGAGGAAGAGCAGGCUGCAGGGCUUAAUCUCAAGAACCAAGGACUUUGGCGACGCACAUGAGCAGAUUCGCUCCAAGCUGGCCGCUCUCCGGGACCAACUGAUGGCAGCCGACGGCCUCCAGCCUGACAUCCUGGCCAAGAAAAGCCAGUCGGACCAGUUCAGGGUGAGUUUAAUCCCAGACUAGAGCCCGGCCAAGUCAGAGUCUGCUCAAAAUGUAAGCCGGAGCACCAGAUGCUCUGAGCGCACGGUCUUAUUGUCGCCUCCUGCAGAUUCAGAUCAAGUGCCAUGCAACUUCUCAGAAGUUACAGAUGAUAGCUGCAGUGCAGAGAUCCGAAAAUGACUCGGUGUUUCCCCUGUGUCAGCUUUGUCAAUUACACUUAUCCUAGCAGCCACUUGUGAACUCAUGCGGUAUCAGAAUCAGCUUUAUUGGAAUUUGUCUCCGGUUUCCACUCCGCUCUCAAUGUACACACACUAUUUCACAAUAAACAAGAAAAAAUAUAUAAAGAAUAAAAAAGGGCAGCAAAAAAUUAGGACAGAUGUAAGUAUAAACAUUUACCAGCUAUAUACAAUAUAAGUAUAAAUAUAUAUCCAAAAAAAAAAAGUGUAUAUAUUAGUGCUG